AUGGGGUGCAGGAACAGCAAGGUCCUCCCUGAGCCUCCAGGGGAUGUUCAGUUGGACCUGGUAAAAAAGGUGGAUGCACCCCCUCAAACAGACAUCUAUAAGCACUUCAUUCGAGGAGAUGGUACAGUUGGCAAGGUCGGUGGAGGGGGAGUUGACAAGGGAGGCUCCACCACCCCAUCUAUUACUCAGGCACAAGCUUCUACUCCUGUUACCUCCACUCAACACCCUAAAAACCCAGCUGAGAUGCCAGACCCUCAACGGAAGAAGGUGGCCAAAUAUCGAGCCAAGUUUGACCCACGAGUCACAGCCAAGUACGAUGUCAAAGCUUUGAUAGGUCGGGGGAGUUUUAGCCGGGUUGUCCGCGUGGAGCACAAGAGCACUCGGCAGCCUUACGCCAUAAAAAUGAUCGAGACUCGAUACAGGGAGGGAAGGGAGGUUUGUGAGUCUGAGCUGUGUGUCCUUCGACGGGUUCGCCACACUAAUAUCAUCCAGCUAAUGGAGGUGUUUGAGACGGCUGAGCGGGUUUACAUGGUAAUGGAACUGGCCACCGGGGGAGAGCUGUUUGACCGCAUCAUUGCCCGCGGCUCAUUUACAGAGCGAGACGCCACCCGGGUGCUGCAGAUGGUACUGGAUGGUGUCAAGUAUCUUCACACUUUGGGUAUUACGCACCGAGAUCUGAAGCCCGAGAAUCUGCUGUACUACCACCCUGGCGCAGACUCUAAGAUCAUCAUCACUGACUUUGGUUUAGCCAACAGCAGAAAGAAGGGAGACGAGUGUCUGAUGAAGACCACAUGCGGCACGCCUGAGUAUAUUGCUCCUGAGAUCCUCGUCAGGAAACCCUACACGAAUGCCGUCGACAUGUGGGCGUUGGGGGUGAUAUCUUACAUCCUGCUGAGUGGAACCAUGCCCUUUGAGCAUGACAACCGUAUGAAGCUCUACCGGCAGAUCCUCAAGGGAAAGUACAGUUUCUCCGGAGAGCCGUGGCCUAGUGUUUCCAACCUUGCCAAAGAUUUUGUGGACCGGAUUCUAACAGUGGAUCCUAGCGCACGGCUAACUGCCGGCCAGGCUCUCAAGCACCCCUGGAUAGUCAGCAUGGCUGCUGCCUCCUCCAUGAAGAACUUGCAACGCUGUAUAUCUCAGAACCUGCUGAAGCGGGCAUCAUCUCGCUGCCACAGCACCAAGUCGCAGCAGUCCAUGCACUCCAAUCGCUCAACCAAAUCCAACAAAGCUCGCCGCAUUCGGGAAAAGGAGCUGCGCGAGUUGAACCGACGAUAUCAGCAGCAGUACAACGGCUGA